UUCUGCUUGGGUGGAGAUAUGUUUGAACAACAAAGGAAAAGACAGUUACAAACCUGAUGUGUAUGGAGAUAAAAUUAUUGUAAGACGCAUAACUUCAAUAGUUAUUGGGUAUUAUAAUCUUCGGUUCGCAUGCUGUCAACGGAUAUCAACAAAACGAGAUGAGCUGUCCCUUUCAAUCCUGAACCAGGACACCAGUCGAAACUUCCUCAACACAAAAUCUGCAGGAGAUAAGUUUAAGUUCUUCAUGAAGGCAACACAGUUGGAACAAAUGAAUGCUGAUUAUAUUCAAGUUCAGAAGAAUAAAGAAUUCACAAGGCAGCUGAUCGAGUCUAAGGAACAGACUCUUCCUGCAAUGAGAAGUGAGGUGGCAGCAUGGGAGAACAAGUUCCGAAAUCUGGCAGCUGUGUCAGAGUUGAAAGCCAAAGUCAGGACACUCAAACAUGAGAUGGCUUGGGCGGAGGUGGCUCAAAUGGAAAGGGACCUGAAGCCACUGGAGAAGAACCUGCGGGUUGAAGAGGCAGCACUUCCUUUGUUUAAUAAUAAAGUGGAAGAAGCAAAGGUGAAGCAGAAGCAGUGUGAGGCUGAACAUAAAGAGCUGCAACAGCGGUUGAUUGACUACAGUAAAGAGAUUAAAGUGUUCGAACCACUUCUGCAAGCUAAAAAAGGAGAACGUGACCGGGCCAAAGACAGAGCGGCACAAAUUACGAAUCAGAUGAAAACAGUGGAACGAGAGUUGAAGAGCACAACCAGAGAAUGCCAGCAAUGCCAGGACAGAAUUGAAGAACUGAAAACUAGUGCCUCACAUGACUAUGAAGCUGACAGAAGACAGAGAGAGGAGCAGAUUGCCAUGUUGGAGAAGAACACUGCAGAAAUGCAAGCCAAACAGAAGGUGAAGCAGCAUGAACUCGAACAGUACCAGAGUGCCAUAGCCAAGUACAAGACAGAUGUUGGACAGUUUGAACAGCAAAUAAAACAGAAAAACGUCAAGCUUGGGGAAGUGAGAAUUUCUAUACGGACAUUAAAGGCAGCCAAAAAUGAUCGUCUGCAAAGAUUUGGUUUAAAUAUGAAAACAGUCAUUGAUAAAAUACAAGCAAAUGCUGAAAAGUUUCACAUGCUUCCGAAGGGGCCUUUAGGUGCUUGCUUCGAUUUAAUAGACCCAAAGUGGGCCCUAGCGAUAGAAUGCUGCCUCAAAGGUCUCGUCGUGUCCUUUGUGUGCCAUGACCAUCAUGAUGAGAAAUUGCUGGAAGACAUUUUCAAAUCUUCUCGAGGGCCUCGCCCGACAAUCAUUACCAGUGCUUUCAGUAAUACAGUACACAAUGUUUCAAAAUAUAGAGUCAAAUCCGAUAAGUUUCCAUGCAUACUAGAUGUGAUCAAGAGCGAUGAUCCUGUUGUGAUUAACACACUGAUUGAUCAGAGGGGCAUAGAGAAUGUGCUGCUUAUUGAAGACUCAAAUGAAGCCAGAAAUGUUAUGAUGAGACAGCCUCCAGUAAAUGCCAGAGAGUGCUUCACAAUGGUAGGAGACCAGGCAUUCAGUGUGCCAACAUUCCGUUACUACUCUUCCGACAGGACGGCAGUCAAGUACCUGAUGGCAGAUGUGCAGGAUCAGAUCCUCAAGCUGGUGCAGGAGGAGAAGGAGCUGGAGGCAGAGAUCAGAUCCCUGACACAGCAGAGAGAUGCAAGAAAUCGUGAGAUAAUCACAAACCAGCAAGAAGGAAAGAAAUGCCAGACACAGUUGAACAAAAUCAUGGAGAACAUCAGUAGUUACAAUUUUGAAAUUGGAGAGCUUAGAAACGUGGAAGACCCUACACCUGUAGAUGUGACAACCUUGGAGGAAGAAGUUACAGCAUACAACAGCAAAAUCCAAGAACUUCGGACAAAAUACCAAUCCAUAGAAGAAGAGAAGAAAAAAGCAGACGAUGCUCUUCAAAUUGCGCUAGAUAAUUACAAAAAGGUGGAGGAAGACAUACGGGAGCGGUCAGACAGUGGCAUUCAGCUUCGGGAUGAGAUCCACGAGGCCGAGAGGAAAGUAGACAACGCCUCAUCCAAUCUCAAACAUUAUAAGAACAAGCUUAAAGAGCAGGAGCGAAAGAUUCAGGAGCUAAAAACAGAGGUGGAGAAGCAUAGAAAGGACUUUCAAGAUUGCCACAUGAAAGCCUCAGAAAUUUGUGAACCUGUAAACACAAGAAGAUCUGUUGCCAACAUUGAGAGUGAGAUAACACAGAUCCAGCAUCGUAUCGAAGAGGAGGAGGAGAAACAAGGAAAUGAAGAGGAGAUCAUGGAGACCUACAAGUCAAAGAAAGACAAGCUUGAGACUGUCAGACGAGAAGUAGAGCAGUUGAAAAAUUAUGUUAAAAGAUUGAAUGAUGUCAUGGAGAAGAGGCAGCUGGCAUACCUGAAAAUGCGCAAGAACAUUGCAAACAGAACAAA